GACGAGUAAAGCCAGGAGGUGGCAGCGAUGCAACUCAAAGGAUGCCGACUGCCGUGAGAAUCCGAAGAAGAAGAAGAACAACAAGUGACAUCACAAGAAAGAUGGCGUCUCGUUGGAAUAGCGUCGUCGCUCGAGUCCCGUUGUUGUGUUGAGGAAGAGCCUCUGUGUGUCCGGAUAAACCCGUCUGAACGGACUCUGUGCUGAAGGUUUCACCUCUGACUCAUCUCCCGGUAGCCUACAGAGCUACGGGAGUUAGCUUAGCAUGCUAGCUGCCGCCAGAGCGCCGGGGACGGGAGUUAGCUUAGCAUGCUAGCUGCAGCAGCGCCGGUCAGAGCGGCUGUUUGACGGAGAGCAAACAGCGUUUCUGACGGAGUUUGUGGAGAAAAAGUUGGCGUCAUUGUGUGAAAAUGUGUAAAGUCCAGAUGCUGAGAGCGCUGGUGAAGCAGCGACUAACUGCGGCUGCUGAGGAGAUAUUUGGGCUGUUUGAAAGGACGAUAGCAGAGUACGAGGAGGAGCUUCGUCGUUCAAAAGAGGAGAACGAGCGACAGCGGGAGCUGCUGGCCGCUGUUUUCCAGCCUCAGCUUCGGCUGCACAGAGCAGACGUCCAGCAGCUGUCGCUGAGGAAAGAAGAGGUUCCCCCUGAGCAGCAGGACUGGAGCCCCAGUCUGGACCAGGACCCAGAGCCCCCACACAUUAAAGAGGAGCAGGAGGAGCUCUGGACCAGUCAGGAGGGAGAGCAGCUUCGAGGGCUGGAGGAGGCCGAUAUCACCAAGUUCCCAUUCACUCCUGUCCCUGUGAAGAGUGAAGAAGAUGAAGAGAAACCUCAGUCCUCACAGCUUCAUCAAAGCCAAACUGAACAGAUGGAAACAGGAGCUGAUGGAGAGGACUGUGGAGGACCAGGACCAGCCAGGAACUCUGAUCCAGAUACACAUUUACAACCUGACACUGAUGUCAAGACUGGAGAAUUUUCAGUAGCUGAGAUUGAAGUCAGUUGUGAUGACUGGGAGGAGCCCAGAGACCCUCAGUCAGGUUUAAACUCGCUGAAAAACGAUAAAGUCUCUAAAAGUGGUAUGAGAUGUAGUACUGGCAAGAAACCAAUUAGCUGCUCCGACUGCGGGAAAAAAUUUGGUUGCAAGGGAAAUCUAAAGAGACACAUUAGAAUACAUACAGGAGAGAAACCAUUUAGUUGUUCAGUUUGCGGUAAAAGUUUCAACCUGAAGGUGAAUUUGAAGUUUCACAUGAGAACUCACACAGGAGAGAAACCAUUUAGUUGCUUAGUUUGCGGUAGAGUAUUUGCACAAGGACGAUAUUUGAGUCAACACAUGGCGGUUCACUCAGAGGAGAAAAGAUACAGCUGCAGUGUUUGUGACAAACGAUUCACUUGGGGUUAUCAACUCAAAAGACACCCGUGUGUUGGUCGUCCUGAGACUGUGGACAGUGAUGGUUGGAAGGAGAAACUAUUUAGCUGCUCUGAGUGUGGGAAAAAGUUUGGCAGUAGGGGACAUCUGAAGAGACACAUUAGAGUACACACAGAAGAGAAACCAUUCAGCUGCUCAUUUUGUAAGAAACACUUCACGCGGAGUGACCACAUGGUGAGACACAUGAGAAUCCACACGUGGGAGAAACCCUUCAGCUGCUCAGUGUGUGGGAAAAGAUUCAAACAGAAGGCCACUUUGCAGCUGCACAUGAGAACUCACACGGGAGAGAAACCAUUCAGUUGCUCGGUUUGUAGCAAAAGUUUCACACAAGCAGGAAGUCUGACUCAGCACAUGAGCAUCCACACAGGAGAGAAACGGUACGGCUGCAGCGUUUGUGACAAAAGAUUCACUUGGUAUAAAGACGUCAAAAACCACAAGUGUGUCAGGCGUCGGUCCUCACAGCUUCAUCAAAACCAAACUGAGGAGAACAGAGAGGCAGAGCCUCCAGCCAGCAGCUCAGCUGGACAGAUGGAAACAGGAGCUGAUGGAGAGGACUGUGGAGGACCAGGACCAGCCAGGAACUCAGAUCCAGAUACACAUUUACAACCUGACACUGAUGACAAGACGUCAGACUCUUCUGAACCUGAGACUGAAGAAAAGACUUAGUUCUGUAGAGGAAAUGAUCAGUUAGAGGAGUUAGAUACGUGCUAUUGAAACAGUUUGUUGGUAAAACAGAUAUAUGGGAAAUUCCAGUAGUUAGUUAGAAUAGUUAAGUGUUGAUGGUCAGCUAGUGUUAAAGAAAACGCAACAAGCUGACCGACUGAGCGACUGUUUUCAGUUAUUGGCCGAGGAGCAGACUGACCAAAAACAUUCAUGUUGAGUUAUUAAAAAAGACUAAACACACGAGAAACAGGUAGAAAUGAGAUUUAACUGCAAGCAGUAAGAAGACGACCGAGCUCCGUUCUCACAAUGUCGUCAUGAAGUUAGAAAUGUUUUAUUAUGUUUUAGCAUUUGUUCCGAAUUUUAAUGUCAGAGUUAAAACGUAAAAUAAUGAAUUCACAUAUUCAGUGUUUUUCAAAAUGUCAGAUUUUAAUGUUAGGAGUUUGUUCAUUUUUAGAUUGAUGAUGAUGACAGUCGUGUUUUAUAUAGAUUCUGUUUGUUUCUCUUCUGAACUCGGUGUGUCUGGAAAUAAAAUGAACUGAAUAAAGUGAGUUAUAACCGAGGUCCAAAAACUGAGCUUGCUGUCUGUCUGGAGGUUUUAUUUUGACGGGCGAGAGGAAGUGGCACCCGGAAGUGACUUUUACUGUGGCUGACUUUUUUUUUUUUUUUUUUUUUUUUUUACAAAAUGGCGUCAGCUUGUUUAUCUUCAUCGCUCGAGUCCCGUUGUUGUGUUGAGGAAGAGCCUCUGUGUGUCCGGAUAAACCCGUCUGAACGGACUCUGUGCUGAAGGUUUCACCUCUGACUCAUCUCCCGGUAGCCUACAGAGCUACGGGAGUUAGCUUAGCAUGCUAGCUGCCGCCACAGCGCCGGGGACGGGAGUUAGCUUAGCAUGCUAGCUGCAGCAGCGCCGGUCAGAGCGGCUGUUUGACGGAGAGCAAACAGCGUUUCUGACGGAGUUUGUGGAGGAAAAGUUGGCGUCAUUGUGUGAAAAUGUGUAAAGUCCAGAUGCUGAGAGCGCUGGUGAAGCAGCGACUAACUGCGGCUGCUGAGGAGAUAUUUGGGCUGUUUGAAAGGACGAUAGCAGAGUACGAGGAGGAGCUUCGUCGUUCAAAAGAGGAGAACGAGCGACAGCGGGAGCUGCUGGCCGCUGUUUUCCAGCCUCAGCUUCGGCUACACAGAGCAGUGUGUCCUGCAGACGUCCAGCAGCUGUCGCUGAGUAGAGAAGAGGUUCCCCCUGAGCAGCAGGAGUGGAGCCCCAGUCUGGACCAGGACCCAGAGCCCCCACACAUUAAAGAGGAGCAGGAGGAGCUCUGGACCAGUCAGGAGGGAGAGCAGCUUCGAGGGCUGGAGGAGGCCGAUAUCACCAAGUUCCCAUUCACUCCUGUCCUUGUGAAGAGUGAAGAAGAUGAAGAGAAACCUCAGUCCUCACAGCUUCAUCAAAGCCAAACUGAACAGAUGGAAACAGGAGCUGAUGGAGAGGACUGUGGAGGACCAGGACCAGCCAGGAACUCAGAUCCAGAUACACAUUUACAACCUGACAGUGAUGACAAGACAUCAGAGUCUCUACAAAAUAAUUCAAUUUCUCUGAGCGAUGUGGGAUAUAGUCCUGGUGAGAAACCAUUUAGCUGCUCUGAAUGUGGCAGAAGAUUUCGCCACAAAGGACAUUUGCAGAUACACAUGAGAACGCACACGGGAGAGAAACCGUUCAGCUGCUCCGUCUGCGGUAAAAGAUUCCCUCGCAAGGAAAACUUAGUUCGUCACAUGAGAUUUCAUUCAGGAGAGAAACCGUUCAGCUGUUCAUUUUGUAAGAAACACUUCACUCGGAGUGACCACAUGGUGACACACAUGAGAAUCCACACAGGAGAGAAACCCUUCAGCUGCUCAGUGUGUGGGAAAAGAUUUACACACAAACUAAGUCUAAAACAUCACGCGCCUCUUCACACAGAGGAGAAACCCUUCAGCUGCAGUGUUUGUGGUAAAAGAUUCUCCAGGCAGUCACAUGUCAGAAGUCAUAAGUGUGUUUUCGACGGCAGCAGCAGUAAAGCUGCUGCUUCACGUGAAACUUUGAGCGGUGAUGAAACUGUGGCGGACAUGUUUGAAAUGAGAGAGUAAGAACGUCGCUGUUCUUCAACAGCAGAGGCCUCACAUUUAGAGUUGGGUAUUGUUUAGCUUUUAUAAUUCUGAUCCUUGGGCCUCAUUACAGAAAGUGCUUGUCCUAUCUUAACACAUUUGUCUUCCUAUUACAGAAGCAGUUCCUAAACUCAUGGCUGUGUCCUGUCCUAUCGCAGAUCUCGUAUCUCAUCUUAAAUUUAAAGCUUCAUCAUCAUCGGUUUGAGGAGUCUUUCAAUCAUAAUAUUUCAGUGUUCAUGUUGUUCCCCAUCUUCAUUGUAUUUGCCCUACAGACCCGAGGACAGGGUCUAUGCCGUCCUAACUGAGGAUUCCUAGCUUUCUAAAGUUCUUCGGUUAGGGCGGCUCUGUAAUACCAAAAAUCCUUAAUGUCAUCAGAAACUGAGAUAAGAUCGGAUUUCAGACUUCUGUAUUAAGGCCGAGGUCCUUAUUGAUUCCUGCUAACAAUUCUUCUCUACUGCAUUUCCUCAUCAGUUUCUCUUCCUGUUUGCUCUCGUGCUGCACGUUAAGUGUUUUGCUGGAUGUUAAUGAUGUCAGAUUAAACUUUAAACUGAACAGAG